AUGGGUUUGCUUAAAUCAUCAAGUAACCGACGUCUGUCUCUUGCCAAGCUGAGGGGAUCUACAUCCGGCAUGUCACCUGGCCGGGCUUCACCUGCGCCACCUCAAAUCAUCACAUCCACCCCAAACCCUUCGUCCAGCGAGCUACACGAACAAGGGAAAUCAGAUUCACAAACCGACGGUGACCCUCCAUCUCAUGUGGCUCUUAGUAUUCCCACUCAGGACCAGCCAACCAGUCAAAGCUUGAAUGAACUCCGACGAGCUGCCGGCGCGGUUCGAAACUAUGACUCCCCUUUUCAAAAUUUGCAAGCUGCUCAACAUACCCAGGAAGAUAGUCAGUUACUAGGCGUCCAUCCUGCACCUCCUAAUGAUCGACUGCGAAGAGCUCGAAAGGCAGCGAGCCAUUCAGACCUCAAUUCGGCCAGUCAUAUCUCUGGUAGUCUCAGUACCCCGGCCGGCUUGCAUCCCAGUGCUCAUCCUUCCCGGCCGAACUCCAUCGCACCCUCCAUAUACUCAGGCGUCCCACCCAGUUCAUUCAAGGACCUCGCAGUUCUUUAUCAGGUUGUUGCGGAACGCCGAACUGCGUUCGACAAUCUCCUAUGGCAAGUGCCUGCGACUUCGUUGACGGCCCACGCUUUCCUGUUCAGCAUUUCCCUGGCAGCAGACACCGGAAGAUUUGCUAGAAUCGCUUCCAUGGGAUUAUGUAUUGUCAUCACUGUACUCACGCUGCAUCUAUUCACCAGACAAUUGCAAGCUGAGGACGCAGAUCAUAGAUGGCUGGCAGAUUUCGAAGAGAGGCAUCAAAUAGAAUAUUACGAUAGGGCACAUGGUGAUAGAUGGAGAGAUUAUAGAGCACAAAAGCCAGCCGGAGCAGGGAAAUUAGGGUGGCUGGCGAUGCACAGGAGUUAUCCUUUGUGGUCUAAAGGAAUGUUGAUUAUUGGGUUCUUAGCAGUCGCCAUCCUGAUCUUGGCAAUCUUUCAUCCGACCGCUUUGCUCGGCUACAAUUGUGAACUCCGUUGA